AUGACGGCCCCAGCCCCGCAGCAGCAGCGCAGCCUGCCCUCGGACGCGGCGCCCCCCGGCGCCGCGGAGGACCCCUCGUCCUACGAGCAGGCCCACGUCCACGCCGUCUACCAGUCCAUCGCCCCGCACUUCUCCGCCACGCGGCACAGGCCCUGGCCCCGCGUCGCGAGCUUCCUCGCCGCCCGCCCGCCCGGCUCCGUCGGGCUCGACGUCGGCUGCGGCAACGGCAAGUACCUCGGCGUCAACGGCGACGUGUUCCUCAUCGGCUCGGACCGGAGCUCCGGGCUCGUGGGGCUGGCGAGCGCGCAGCGCGUGGGCAACCGCGGCCGCCGCGGUGAGGGUAGUAGUAGUCGUAGUGGUGGCGAAGCGGGAGCAGACGUAUCAGCGCCGGGGAGGGGCUGCGCCGACGCCAUGCUCGCCGACGGGCUGGACCUGCCCUUCCUCCCCUCGGCGCGGACGAGGGUCGACUUUGCCAUCUCCAUCGCCGUGCUGCACCACAUGUCGACCAGGGAGCGCCGCGUCGGCGGCAUAAGGGCGCUGCUCGAGUGCGUCCGGCCGCCGCGGCGGGCGAGGGCGAGGGCGAGGAGCCGGGAUUCCUCCGGGGGGGCGGCCGUCGUCGUGAAGGACGAGGGCGGGCAGGUCCUCGUCUUCGUCUGGGCGCUCGAGCAAGGGUCCAGCCGGAGGGGGUGGGAGGAAGGCGGCGAGCAGGACCUGCUGGUGCCCUGGGUGAUGAAGACGGGCGGCGGUCAGCAGCAGCAGCAGCAGCAGCGCAAGGCGGCAAAGGGCAAGAACGACACGAGCAAGGAGGGCGGAGGGCAGAGUACGGAGGGCGGUACCGCGGCGGCGGAAGAGGAGAGGGGAAAGCAGCAGCAGGACGGGCAGGGAGGCGACCAGACGUUCAGGAGGUACUACCACCUCUACCGCAAGGGCGAGCUGGAGGAGGACGUCGUCGCCGCGGGAGGGGAGGUGCUGAGCAGCGGGUACGAGAGGGACAACUGGUGGGCCAUCGCGCGCAGCGCGGCGUGGCUCGAAGAGGACGGCGACCAGGUGGACGACGGCAAGGAAGAGGCGGCAUAG